AUGACGGAUAAGCUCCCUCCUAACCUGUUGGCGCUCUUCGCGCCGCGCCCUCCUCUACGAUGGGUUGCGCCGCCCGACCAUGCGCCGGAGGCCCGACGAACCCUCCCCGUCUCUGGACUCGCCGAGUUCCUUCCCGCGCUCCAGCAAUACAAGGAGGAGGACGACUACAAGCCGACAGAAAGUUGGCUUCAGAUGCGCGACCGCAAGAAGCUUGAGAAGCAGGCAGCUGUUGAGAAGCUCAAAACCGAGGGGCCGAAGGACUUUAAGCCGCACGAGGAUCCCAACAUUCGUGGCGACGCUUUCAAGACACUCAUUGUUGCGCGACUCUCGUACGAGGCAAAUGAGCAAGACCUCGAGAGAGAGUUUGGUCGAUUCGGCCCAAUUGAGCGCAUUCGCAUCAUCACUGACACGCAUGCCCAUGAGAGACCCAAGAAGAAGAAGAAGCCCCACCGAGGAUACGCUUUUGUAGUAUUUGAACGAGAGAAAGACAUGAGAGGUAAUACCGCCGAACCCACCCCCUCCGACAAGACUCGGCUUGUCUGCCAGUCGUUCCCCUUCAGACGUGCGGCCCUCAAGCUUGCCCGCGUUCUGCACUUCACACCGAGAUCUGUGGCCCUCAAGCUUGCCCGUCUCAAAUCUUCUGCUCUAGAUGCCUGCGAUGGUAUUCGAAUCAAAGACCGACGUAUCAAGGUAGACGUCGAGCGGGGCCGCACCGUCAAGGGCUGGGUGCCCCGCCGAUUUGGCGGUGGCCUCGGUGGCAGAGGUUACACCAAGGCUCUUCCUGCCCGUCCCAUGGGUGGCGGACCUGGUGGCAACUUUGGCGGUGGCUUCCGGGGCGGUUUCCGUGGCGGCUUCGAGGGAGGUCGCGGACGUGGAGGCUUCAGGGGAGGCGGUGGAGGUUUCGGUGGUCGUGGUGGCUUCCGUGGCGGCGGCGACUUCGGCUCCAGGGGUGGUGACCGCGGACCGAACGGAUACGGCGCACCCAGAGACGCCCCUUCAGGACCUGGUCGCGGCUUCGGAGGCGAUCGUGGUGACCGAGGCGACCGCAGCUUCUCCGGUGGUGGGUAUGACCGUGGUGGUGGCCGCUCAUAUGACGACAGAUCCGGUGGCGGUGGCGGCGGCGGCGGCUACCGCGAUGGAGGCCGCUUUGGUGAUCGGGACCGUGACGGUGGCCGACGGACUGGAAGCAACAUGGAACCCAUCAGGCCUAGAGGGGAAGGUGGGUAUCGCGACCGUGGUGACCGCGGAGACCGAGGCGACAGAGAGGACCGGGACCGCGGCCGAGACAGAGACAGAGAUUACGACCGACCUCGUGAUGACGACAGUAGAAAACGCGGCUACGAGGGCGGUGGCUACGAGGAUCCUCGCAAGUUGCGUCGUUACUGA